AUAAAUAUGAACCUUGGAGAAUUUACAUUGCUCCAAUGUAAACAGAUAGCCAAGGGUCCCUUUAUCAGCACUGGCUCAGGACAGUCGUGGGGGGUCUGAAGCGGCUCAUUUUUGUAUUUUGUUUUUUUGGGGGGUGUAAAGGCGGGAGGCUAUGCCAUUCCACUCCGCUGACAGUCAGGCGUGCUACCUCAGGAAUAUGGUGUUGGGAUAGCCGGAGGCAGAACGAGUUGAAACUCAAAUUCAAGAGGCAUCAGACUGAAGACCAUGGUUGCAAAACUGAGCCAUCUUCAGGUGGAGUUGCUGGGAGCACUGCUGGAGUCAGGACUUACCAAGGAGACUCUGAUCAAAGCACUGGGUGAAGUAGAUCCCUAUCCGCUCCAGAGUGAAAGCCAGCGCGCCAUCAGUGCCAUCCAGGGAGAAAAAGGAGAACCCUGUGCUGAAAUUCCCAAUCUCCCUAAUGGGAUGGGAGAGUCCAGGUUAUCCGAGGAGGAAACCUCUGAUGAUGGGGAGGAAUUCACUCCUCCGAUAAUGAAGGAGCUGGAAAACCUAAGUCCAGAAGAGGCUGCUCACCAGAAGGCUGUGGUGGAGAGACUAUUACAAGAGGAUCCCUGGAGGGUAGCAAAGAUGGUGAAAUCCUACCUCCAACAGCAUAACAUUCCUCAGAGGGAGGUGGUAGACACCACAGGUUUGAACCAGUCCCACCUCUCACAGCACCUCAACAAGGGCACACCCAUGAAGACACAGAAGAGAGCAGCCCUCUACACCUGGUAUGUCCGCAAGCAGCGAGAGGUGGCCCAGCAGUUCACACAUGCUGGUCAGGGCAUCCUGGCAGAGGAACCCAUGGGAGAUGACCUGCCUACCAAGAAGGGGAGAAGAAACCGCUUUAAGUGGGGUCCUGCCUCACAGCAGAUCCUAUUCCAAGCCUAUGAGAGACAGAAGAAUCCCAGCAAAGAAGAGAGAGAGGCACUGGUAGAGGAAUGCAACAGGGCAGAAUGUAUUCAGCGGGGUGUCUCCCCAUCCCAGGCCCAAGGGCUGGGUUCAAACUUGGUAACUGAGGUGAGAGUUUACAACUGGUUCGCCAACCGGAGGAAGGAGGAGGCCUUUCGACACAAGCUGGCCAUGGAUACCUACAGCACGCCACAGCCCAACUCUGCACCCUCACUGACAUCACACAGCUCUUCCUCCCUUCAGCCACCACCUGCUCUCUCACCCAGUAAAGUUCAUGGAGUGAGAUACAGCCAGCAGCCAGUCAGUGAGCCAGAGUCAUCCAGCAGCAACCACCAUGGAAACAACUCUAUGGUGACUACGCAAACCAUUCUUCAUCAGGUCUCUCCACCUGGAUUGGAGCCCAGCCAGAAUUUGUUGAGCACAGAUACUAAGCUGAUAUCAGCUCCCGGGGGGCCUCUCCCUCCUGUUAGCACACUCACUGCCCUGCAUAAUCUGGAGCAAAAUCCGCACGCACUGAGUCAGCAAACCCAGAACUUGAUUAUGGCAUCACUGCCUGGUGUGAUGGCAAUUGGAGCUGGUGAGACUUCAUCCUUGGCGCCAGCAUUCACCAACACAGGAGCCUCCACCCUGGUAAUAGGCCUGGCCUCAACCCAAGCCCAGAGCGUCCCUGUCAUAAACAGCAUGGGGAGCAGCCUCACCACCCUGCAGCCAGUUCAGUUCUCCCAGCAGCUCCACCCAUCUUACCAGCAGCCCAUCAUGCAGCAGGUCCAGAGCCACAUCAAUCAGAGCCCUUUCAUGGCUACCAUGGCCCAGAUACAGAGCCCCCAUGCUCUCUAUGGUCCCAAGUCAGAAGUGGCCCAAUACACACAUACCGGCCUUUUACCGCAGACCAUGCUGAUAACAGACACGGCCAAUCUCAGCGCCUUGACUAACCUAACGCCAACCAAACAGGUGUUCACAUCUGACUCAGAGAACCACACAGAGUCUGGGAUCCACACACCAGUGUCGCAAACACAAACAAUACAUUUACAGAAUCAAGACACGACCAUUCAGCACCUUCAGCCAGGCCCUCGCCUCACCUCAAGCCCAGCUGCAUCCUCUAGCAGUCUGGUGCUCUACCAGAGCUCUGACUCCACCAACAGUCACAGCCACCUGCUGCCAUCUACUCACAGCGUUAUAGAGACCUUCAUCUCUGCACAGAUGGCAUCCUCCACUCAGUAACCAUGGGGACCAGCUCACGGGCAAGUGCCACAACCACAUUUGUCAGGAGCAGUGCCAUCUGUGUUUGCAAGUCACCACCAUGGCUGCCUUCCAUGGUGAAGAGAGUGCUGUGGCCAAAGGCCUCCUGCCCCUCCACUGCCUUGUACAGACUCCUCACCUCCAUGUGUCGCAACCUGGGAAACGGACUUUUUCAGGCACUGUGCUAUGAAUGCACACAGAGGGUGGAUAAUUCAGAAGGAUAGGACUAACACCACUCGCUUCCACUGCCAAAGGAAACAAUGACCACCACAGACAUACCAGGAAUCUUUGUAGCUGCCCACUGAGGAUUUCUGCAGCACAGGGAUCUGACUGAACUCUAGUAAAGUGUGAGGGGGUAUAGCUGGGGUUUUAGCCCUUGGCAGGGCUGGGUGUGCAUAAGCUUGUCCACUCCAGAGCAAACCCUGCAGGGAAGUGCAGAGCUGAGCUGCAGAAUGCAGAGACCCUUAGAUACUCCUAUUGCUGCUGCCAAAGAUAAUGGAAACAUGUUUGCGAGUGAGAGGAAGAAUCACCUUGGAGCAGCCAAUACAAAAGCUCAAUUUCUACCCUUGAAACUAAGACUACUGAGAAACAAAAUCAGAGAUGGCAUGGACAAUUUGCUCAGUAUGGGUUUACACACUGACCCUUACCAUUUAACUUGAUACCAAUUUUAUUUAGCUCAAACCUAUUACCUACUCUAAAACAGCACACAGCCAAUAGAAAAAAAACUGAGCACUUUCAUUAGUUUUGCUUAAUUUAAAAUGCAAAAAUUAAAGUUCAGGAGCAGGAAAGACUACUUAGUUCUCUAUGUCAACAGAUGUGAUUCUCACCUCUCUUACCUUUCCCUGGGUGGCCAGUGGACAUAGCAGUACAUAGGCCAGGCAAAAGAAGAGGUAGCCUGUCACUUUACAGCUACCUUAUGGUUCAGAAGCUAAGCUCUUUAAGCUGUUUCUAACUUAACACCAGUGUCCUUUCCACCACAGACUGUGUAUGCGUCUCACUGCCUGUGCAACAUACACCAGCUCUUUUCUAUAAAGAUCACAGCCUAGGUGGACCGGUAUAUUUAACAUGUUUUAAUCCCAUCUUCAAUCAUUAUCCUCACUAUGACCUAACUGCUACAGCUCUCACUCCUGUGAAAUCUCAGAGGAACUAACAUAAGCAAAGGCUUUAGGUUACUAGUUAUAAACUCCCCAAAUAAUUCCUCUCCUCUCUUCUCAUUUAUGUCCUUCACAUCAUUAAUGAGUUGCAAACAAAUACAACAGAAGCCACAAUAAGCUUAUUUCCAAGGUUAUCAUGAAGCUAUCAAUUCCACUGUAUAGAGGACAAAACCCCUACAGGGAAAAUAUGAUCAAACCUCCAAAAGGUUAAGAAACAAUGGAGAAUAAAAGGCAAAAGGCUUAAGUUGACAGUGAUCAUUAAGGCCACCGCAUCUGGCAAUUUCAAGCAUAAAGAUGUAAACUGCAGUCUAUAUUGAGAUUUUCUUGCUGGAUUCAGAUAUUAUCAGCCAUAAGAGAUGAAUUUCAGUAAUUGAAGUUCUUGGUGGAAUUUGGUUUUAGAAUUGCUCCCCCCUCUCUACUGUGCAUUAUCCUGUAAAUAUAUUUAACUUCCAAUAAAUUGAAAAGAAAAUCCUGUGAAAGGCUGUUGUACAUUUAGCUUCUUGACUGAAUAAAUGACAUCAACAUUCAGGGGAAUAGGGAAGAUUCAUAAACAAACUUCAUAAUGUUCAGAAAGUUAGUUAUUGAUCAUUUUGAUGAUGGCUGUUAGGCAAGCAGUUUUUGUUAGUGUAUUACAAUUAAUUUACAAGCCAAUAUUCUAAAUAGUCUUUUGGGUCUGAAAUGCCAGCAGAGCUUUUCCUGGUUUGAAAAAUACCAUAUUGUUCUGAUUAUAUAUGGACCUGGAUAUAUGUUGAGUCCACAUUUUCAGGGUCAAUUUUAAGGAAAAUAGCCUUUUCCUUGAAUUUAGGUUUAUAACUAGAAAUAAAGACCUUGAACACUAUUGCUUUUAAAAAAAUUCCACAAGGGAAUCAAAUACACAGGGAAAAGACCAGGAGGGUUAAAUAAAAUAAAAAACUAAAUAAAACCUGCCCUGAAAAAUUU